AUUCUCAUCCCUCCCAUCGUCACUCACAUAUAUACCUCUCUCUACAUCCCCUCCACUCAUCCAAAUAUGGCAGAAGUGCAACCAUCAGUCUCCACCAUUGAAAUCAACGAUGCCAUCUUCUGCCAACACUUCAAGGAAGUGUGCGCCGAUUGUCAGUAUGAUGGGCGAGAGGAGAACGACGCUUUCUUUGGGUACGACCCCAUCAACCGUGAUGGUCUGGAAGCACCCCCUGUGACCACUACCAAAGAUGGUGUAUACCAAUGCAAGAAGCACGGAUCUGCAGAAUGCACUCAAUGUUUUGGAUGGAAGAAGCAAAUAACAAGAGCUAGAACGGCAGCGAAGAAAGCUGGACGAAAAUAAUCUGCCAGUGAUACCUGUCCGUAAUGGGAUAUAGGCUUUGUAGUGUAUAUCAUCAAACCCAAUGUACAGUGCUGUAGUGAAUUGCACACGCUUCAAUUGUAGCCAUCAAGCCGUCAGUGU